AUGCACUACCAUCAACAUCCACUCCUCCUCGUCACCAUUUUUUUGAUGCGAUUCCUGCAGUCCAGCGUUGACGCCCUCUACGCAAAUGUAAAACUGCAAUGUGUGGAUGCAGACGAGGUCACCGGCCAACUCCAAACCGAUCUCAUUUUCACACAAAAAGACGGUGUGCACACUUUCCUUCCAGCCUACACGGAUUUGUGUGCUGAAUCGACGAAAUUCGACGACGCGCAGCGUGUGUACUUCUGUAAGAAGUGCCUCGAGAAUUGCAGGGCUCGUGUCGAGUCGGCACCCAAAAAUAUCCUUAUUGUAGCCGAUGAGAGGGCGCCGAAUAGCAGGGUCUCAUGGUUCCACGUGAAUUCGCCGGUGGCUAACAUCAGGGAGUCGGGGAAACAGUGCAAUGUGGAGAAUGUGCAAGGGAACUCGAUGGCCAACGAGGAGACGUCAACCGAUGCGCUCCGCUCGUUUUCCAAAACGUCCGUCCUAUUUGUGUCUAUCUCAUUUAUUAUUUUGAUGGUUAUUUCCUUAGCUUGGCUUGUUUUUUAUUAUGUUCAAAGGUUCCGCUAUGCCCAUGCCAAGGAUCGACUUCAGAGAAGAUUAUUCAACGCGGCGAGAAAAGCGUUGACCAGAAUACCGACGAUGACUAUUACACCUGGAAUGAAUCAGGAGCUGCAGUCGGAUUGUGCAGUGUGUUUGGAUCCGUAUCAAUUGCAGGAUGUUAUUCGGUUAUUGCCUUGCAAACAUAUCUACCACAAAUCAUGUAUCGACCCAUGGCUCCUGGAGCAUCGUACGUGUCCAAUGUGCAAAAACGACAUUCUGAAACAUUUUGGAUACUGGAACGAGAUCCGAAACGACAUCCAACUCCCAGCCAACACCCGAGGAAUGAUUCCAGACGACUUCACGAUUCGUUUAGAACUCGGUGACCGAGAUGAUCACGAUCAUGUUCACUCUCCAGACGACGCGAUGUCUCCAGAAGUGCAUUCAGAAUCUUCAGACUCUCAAGGAUUCUCAUUCGACCAUUCAGAGCAUACAGAGACAUUCGGCUUCUCCACACCGUCCGUACCUCCACAGCUAGUGUUGAACGCGUCGAAUGCAAAGUCAUUCGUGAUGCCAAUGUCAUCGAGAUCCAACUUGAAUUCUUCCGAUCAGUGCCGUCCUCAAACUUCAAUCGCCAACAAUUUCCGAUCGGCGAGAAAUGCGAGAGAGCAUCGUGCCAGUUUGCAUGAGAUUUCAACGGCCGCUCAGAGACCACAGACCUCGUUGCCAGGACAGAUUGUUAACUUGGUUCAGGUAAAAUCCCGCUCCGCGUCAAUCACCCGUUCGGCAGCCACAAUUCGAAAGGAGAGUCUCCCAACACCCAUUGAGAUCACAACAACUACAGUAAUCCCCUCCACGUCAUCGUCCUCGGGGACUACAAUGACAACUGCCACCUCGUCGAAUAGCCAUGUGAUUUAG